AUGAAGGAUGUGGGCCCAGAAUCAUGUGGCCAACCCACCCCCUGUUGGCCCUCACCAGCCUUGGAGUCUGUUCUAGGGAAGGCCUCCCAGCAUCUGGGACUCGAGAGUGGGCAGCCCCUCUACCUCCUGGAGCUGAACUGGGGUGGAACUGAGUGUGUUCUUAGCUCUACCGGGAGGACAGCUGCCUGUUUCCUCCCCACCAGCCUCCUCCCCACAUCCCCAGCUGCCUGGCUGGGUCCUGAAGCCCUCUGUCUACCUGGGAGACCAGGGACCACAGGCCUUAGGGAUACAGGGGGUCCCCUUCUGUUACCACCCCCCACCCUCCUCCAGGACACCACUAGGUGGUGCUGGAUGCUUGUUCUUUGGCCAGCCAAGGUUCACGGCGAUUCUGCCCAUGGGAUCUUGAGGGACCAAGCUGCUGGGAUUGGGAAGGAGUUUCACCCUGACCAUUGCCCUAGCCAGGUUCCCAGGAGGCCUCACCAUACUCCCUUUCGGAGCCAGGGCUCCAGCAAGCCCAGGGCAAGGAUCCUGUGCUGCUGUCUGGUUGAGAGCCUGCCACCGUGUGUCGGGAGUGUGGGCCAGGCUGAGUGCAUAGGUGACAGGGCCGUGAGCAUGGGCCUGGGUGUGUGUGAGCUCAGGCCUAGGUGCGCAGUGUGGAGAGGGGUGUUGUCGGGGAAGAGGUGUGGCUUCAAAGUGUGUGUGUGCAGGGGGUGGGUGGGUUAG